CACACCACUUUCAGUGUAUAUACCAAAUAAAUAAUGUUGCAGUCUUCUUUCUUGUGCUUCUCUUUCAGCCAUUUUCUCUUGUUUCUUAUCACAAUCCCUCUUGGAACAAGCUCUACCUUGAGCAAUGACAUAAUUGACCAAACCUGCAAAAAAUGUGCCAACCAAUCCAUCAUCUUGAGCUACAACUUAUGCUCAACAUCUCUUCCACUAAUUCCAGUGAGUCACUCCACAAAUCUUCAAGGGCUGGCGUUAAUUGCAAUGGAGCUAGCUCUAGAGAAUGUGACUAACACUCUGGCAACCAUAGAGAAACUAUUAGAUAGUACAAGCUUUGAUAACAUUGCUUUGGGAUGCUUAAAAGAUUGCUUGGAACUAUACACUGAUGCAGCAUGGACAAUAGUGAAUUCCAUAGGAGUUUUCUUGUCUGGGAAUUAUGAAGUAACUAGGACGUGGAUGAGUUCAGUUAUGGAAGCAGCCUCAACAUGCCAGAAAGGUUUUGUGGAGAAUGGUGAAGUUUCUCCUUUGACAAAGGAGAAUUACAAUAUCUUCCAGUUAUGUGGUAUUGCACUUUGCAUCAUCCACUUGUCUACCCCUGCAAUUGCAACACCUUCUUAAUUAUUAACUCACACAUCAAGAUAUGCUGUCUUCCUUACUAAUAGAAAAUAAAGUUGAGACAUUAGUAUCUCAAAAUAGACAAUAAAAGUUACAGACAAUAUUGUUAUGUUU